UGGUUUGGCUGCUAGAAUUUGUCAACAUGGAACAAUCGGCAGUGAACGAUCCCUUGGAAAUAUUGACAAAUAAAGGCACUCGCCAGCCCACAUUUUUGUCUCCGAUAUGGAAUCCGAUGGCUGGUUCUUUGGCCGGCUUUGGCAUUGCGAUGUUUGUCAACUGGGGCUUCCGUAAGCCCAUUUUCUCUGGCAUUCAGAAACACAUUGCGUUUACGCUGCUUGGCGGCGGCAUUGGUGCCUUUCUCGACCAGAAGCGUGACGCUUAUCUGGCAAAGCGCGAUGCUGUCUUGCGGCACUAUGUUGAACUGCAUCCCGACGAUUUUCCCACUACUGAUCGCAAGAAGUACGGCGAUGUCUUGGAAAGUUGGGUACCAGUGCGUUAAGCGGACAGUGUUGUCACUUGAUCUGCGGCUCAACAUGGCCCGUCUCAAUGCGGCACAUUUUUAGUAAAUACAACGGCUUUAAUUGUAAUAUCUAUGAAUAUAAAAUUAUAAAGAA